AUGGAUAUGGAAGGAUUAUCUUAUAUAAAAGCGCAUCUAUUCUUUAUGUUGGUUUUCUAUGCCUCUACUGAAGGGUUAAUGCAGGAUUCAACCACCUAUGAAUACACAUCAAUGAAAAGUUUGAGUGACAAUAAAUCUGGAUUUUGGGGAGCUUUGGCGAGGAAAGCUAAAUCCAUUAUUGAUGAUGACAAUACAUCCCAACAAUUUGAUAUGCCUGGAAGAACAAGAUUGCAGAUGUCUGGUACAGACACAACGGGUCAGAUUCAUGACCCAUAUUAUUCACCUGAGAACCAUCAGAAGACUGAAAAUCCUACACUGCGGAAGGGCAUAGUUGCAAUCACAUCAUCUUUAAACUAUAUAGGUGGCACAAUUGGCAAUGCUUUUGAGGAGGGUCGUAAUAUUGUGGAGAACCGAACAGCUGAUAUCAUUCAAGAAACUCGGAAACUGCAAACAAGGAGAAAAGGUAGUAGUUCUGAGAAGCAAAAUCAGGCAUCAAGGUUUGGCAAUACAUGGCAACAACCCAGUUCUGUGAAGCAAAAUCAGGCUUCAAGGUUUGGCAGUACUUGGGAGCACUCCCAAAUGCCGACUCCAGUGCAGCCGCAGAUGCAAACCGAUCUUGAUAUGCAAUUGAAGGCAUCUCGCGACGUUGCCAUGGCAAUGGCUGCCAAAGCAAAGCUUCUUCUUCGUGAGCUGAAGACAGUCAAAGCAGACCUGGCUUUUGCAAAGGAGCGUUGUGCUCAGCUGGAAGAAGAAAAUAGAAUUCUUAGAGAGAGUCUCGAAAAGGGUGAUAACCCUGAAGAUGAUGAUUUGCUAACCAUGCAAGAUGUUGUAUACCUGGAUGAAGGCAGUGAAGAGGUUACUGAAGUCUAUCCUAUUAAGGUACCGCCCAUGAGCAAUAUGAGUUCUGUUGGCACUGUACAAACUUCUUCUCGAUCCCCCUCUCCGGCUCCUGAGAUUCCCUGUGCAAGAAGUCCACAAGCGACCCUAGAUGUUUCUCCUCUCCCUAAGUCAAAAGAUCUUGAAAUAUCUCUGCAACAGUCACCUCCUUAA